GAAUAUUUCCAAGAAAUUAUUUGUCAGUAGACAUAUUUCAAGACGCAAUUAUGGCAAAUCGCAGAUGAUUUUAAAGUUAUGAAGGAUAAACUCUUGCAACAAUUCCAUCAACGCCCCAAUGAGUAUCAAAGAGAGGAAUCAAUUUUUUCUGUUUUUCAACUUCCUUUCAACACUGUUGAUGACUUAAAACAGCGACUUGAGGAUUUUUUAAACCAAGCGAAAAAUUUGAAAGCAUCGGUUAAAGAAGUAUCUCAAAUUGGAGCAAAAAAUCCUUACGAAUUUAUAAAGCGCAACUGUACUCAUUUAUUGACCAACGAAUUAGCAGAAAAAUAUAGCUGGCUAGGGGCAAGGCAAAAACGAAAAUUUGCUCUUUUAAAACUUGCUGAUUUGUUAAUUGUUGCCGGUCAGAAAACUGAUUCCAAUUGUACCAAAAAAGUUUUGGAAGAAACGAUUCAAAAAUGGCUUCGAAGAGCAAAGAAAAGAAUGAGUUAAAAAAGUUGUAAGACUAAAAGUUAAUGAGUUUAAUAUUCUUUUUAUAAUAUUACAAAUAUUUUUGUUUUGUUUUAAUAAGGCGCGGUUGCAUUAACGUUAUUUUGACUUUACACGAAACUUAAAUGUGUUUGUCUUUAUUUAUUUAGAAAGCAGAUAAAGACAGAUAAAGGCAUGUUUAAGUCUCGUUUAAAGCCAAAAUAACGUUUGUGAAAUCGGGUAAAUGUACUAAUAUACAUUUGUAUUUUCGAUAUAUGUUCUUGCUAUUUAAACGAUUAAUUUUAAGUACUAAUUUCAUUUUUAACAAUUUAUUAUAAUAUAUACAUCCGUAUUUUCUGUAUGAUUAUAAGAUUAUGUUAAUGUAAUAAUUCAAAUGUUUAAUUUUAAGUAUUUCAAACCAAGCCUUUGAGUUUUUUUUUAUUAAUUAUUAAGUAUUUCCGUUUUUUAUA